AAUAAAUUAAUGUAUAUCAGUCUUUCCUAAAAUAAUAAAACUUGGUGGACUCACACAUCUCUUGUACCAACAGAGAAUGAGUAAAAAGUAGUAUCAUUGGUAAAUGGAGUGGGAAGCUUUUAGAAUAAGGCAUCUUUAAUAUCAACAUAUUUGAGUUUAGAGGCAGUCAAUCGUAUCCCAGUAGCUAAGAAAUUGGCAAUUUAUUUCAAGGCAGGAAUUGUUGGUGCAGUAUUUUUGGGAUCAAGGUAAUUUGAUACAUAAUUUAAAUUAGAAUAGCAGCAGGAUCUAUUUAUUAGAGAAAUGUUUAAGGAGAGAUUGGAAAAGUACUUGAUGGUGCACCAAUUUGGGAGAAUAAGUUUGACGUUCCAGAAUUAGACAAGAAAUUCUUCUUUAUUGAUGAUGAUAAUAAUUUUGAACCCUCAUUAUGGCAUCAUGGAAUGUAUGCAUUCAUAAAUAGAAAAGCAACUCAAUUGAGAAGCCAAAGGUAUUCUACAAACAUGAGUGAAUUUUAAUCAUUUAAU